UUUGGUUUCUGUGUACGCUCUCUGCAACCCUCCCACCAACCACUUCUCGCACCGCAACUAUGAUUAUCUACAAGGAUAUUAUCACUGGCGACGAGCUGAUCUCGGACUCGUACGAUCUCCAGGAGAUUGACGGCGUCGUCUACGAGGCCAACUGCAAGAAGAUCACUAUCGGCCCAGUCGAGGUCAACACUGGCGCCAACGCCUCCGCCGAGGGUGGUGAUGAGGAGGGCGCUGAGGAUUCCGCCGAGACCAAGAUCGAUGUCGUCUACUCUUUCCGCCUCAAUGAGACGAGUUUCGACAAGAAGAGCUACCUGUCCCACUUGAAGGGCUACAUGAAGGCCGUCAAGGAGAAGCUCAAGGCCAACGGCGCCAGUGAUGAGGAGGUUACUGCGUUCGAGAAGGGUGCCGCAGGAUACGCAAAGAAGAUUGUUGCCAACUUCAAAGACUACGAAUUCUUCAUUGGCGAGUCCAUGGACCCAGACGGAGCCGUGAUUCUUCUCAACUACCGUGAGGACGGGAUCACUCCAUUCGUCACUAUCUGGAAGCACGGUUUGAAGGAGGAAAAGGUCUAAGCAUGUGCAUGAUGGAGUUUAUGACGGAAAGGAGAACGCAAAAGGAUCACUUGCAGACUGAAGUGCAAUGGCCCCGUUUACGACCACUCGUCUCAGGUCCGACAUAAUGCUAGACACGACUUGCAUCUACACGGGCUGCUGCAAUCCCGCCAGCCUGGAGGAUCUCUCACGACAACGAUACCACCAAAUUCAUUUGCGAACUCUUAGAUUGUGCUUCCUUUCACAAAACCGGCGCCUAAUAUUGAUAGCAGGAUCGGCAAGACAGGCUCCGUGAUCCCAUUCUUCCGCAUCCUCGUACUGACACGUCUAAUCUACGUACUGAAGAACCUC